GUCACUCAGUAACUACCUUGCGGCCAGGCAAGUGUAUCUUAUCUAAUACUCUCAAGAUGGCUUUUGUGUCCACACUGAACAGGAAAUUCAAGAACUCUCUUUUGCAGAAUGGCACUGAUGCGGAAAAUCACGAAUCAAAACCCAGCAAUACAUGGCUUCCUCCCAACUUGCCCAGUAGGUGCACAUGGAAGCCAAGGAAGCCCAUCUCCGAUUCACCUCAUUCCCACGUGCCCUUGCCAGAAGAAACAAACAUCCUGCCAAAUAUUUUGAAGAAAGUUGGCCGCACCCCUCUGGUUCGAAUCAACAAGAUUGGAAAGGCCUAUGGACUCAAGUGUGAGCUCUUGGCAAAAUGCGAGUACUUCAAUGCUGGAGGGAGUGUGAAGGAUCGAAUUGCCCUCAGGAUGGUGGAGGAUGCUGAAAAAGCAGGGAUCAUAAAACCUGGAGACACACUCAUUGAGCCAACAUCAGGAAACACAGGCAUCGGGCUGGCCCUGGUUGCUGCAGUGAAAGGCUACCACUGCAUCAUUGUGAUGCCAGAGAAAAUGAGCAUUGAAAAGGUUGAUACACUGAGAGCUCUUGGCACUGAGAUUGUAAGGACUCCAUGCACCAAGUUUGAUUCUCCUGAAUCUAAUGUUUCUGUUGCUCACAGGCUGAGAUAUGAAAUCCCGAACUCCCACAUUCUGGACCAGUACCGGAAUCCCAGCAACCCUAUGGCUCAUUACGACACCACUGCUGAGGAGAUCCUGGAGCAGUGCGAAGGCAAGGUCGACAUGGUGGUGGCUGGAGCUGGCACAGGGGGCACCGUCACUGGCAUUGGCAGGAAGCUGAAGGAGAAGUGCCCAGAAUGCAAAAUUGUUGGUGUAGAUCCCGAAGGCUCCAUUGUCGCUCUGCCUAGUGAGCUGAACACAGCAAAGGAUGCAACCAUGGAAGUGGAGGGGAUUGGACAUGACUUUAUCCCAACUGUGCUUGACAGAUCAGUGGUGGAUCUGUGGUGCAAGUCCAAUGACACAGAGUCCUUUCUCAUGGCUCGCAGGCUGAUUAGAGAGGAAGGGUUACUGUGUGGUGGCAGCUCCGGCAGUGCAAUGUCCGUUGCUGUGAAGGCUGCCAAAGAUCUGACGGAGGGUCAGCGCUGUGUUGUCAUCUUGCCCGACUCCGUCAGGAACUACAUGUCCAAAUUCUUGAAUGACAAGUGGAUGAGCAAGAAUGGAUUUCUAAAAAAUGUCCAGGAAUGCAAACCUUGGUGGUGGAAUGUCAAGGUGCAGAAGCUGAAUCUCCUGCCUCCUCUGCUGCUUGUCCCAGAGGUCAAUUGCCAAACAGCAAUCGAAAUCCUCAAGGAGAAGGGCUACGACCAGGCACCGGUGGUUGCUGAAUCUGGUCACAUUAUGGGAAUGGUGACUCUUAGUAAUAUCCUCUCCUCCGUGCUGACUGGAAAUGCUCAGAUCUCGGACCCAGUUCUCAAAGUCAUCCACGAUCAAUUUUCAAAGAUUAGCCUGGAUGACAACCUUGGAAACCUCUCUAAUAUCCUGGUGGAUGAUCAUUUUGCUAUAGUUGUACAUGACCAAGUGCAAUAUGUUGGAGAUGGCAGUUAUUCAAAGAAACAGGUGGUAUUUGGAGUGGUCACAGCUAUGGAUCUCCUGAACUUCAUUACCCAAAAGGAUAAAAGCCAGUACCAAAAAGUUGCUUCAUCCAGAGGAUCGAUUGCCUCAGAUGAAUCUGAAAUAAGCCACUGAAGAUUUUUCAAACUGACUUGGCUAAGAGUUUAAUUUACGAAUCCUUGGUCCCAUACGUUUGAUUUCAUCCAAAAUGACAUCAAAGAAAUCUCUGGAUCAGAUGAUCUGACUAAAGAAGAAUGUUGAAUUAAGAUGAGCAGUUAUACCAAGAUUACCCCCUCAUCAUCUCUGCUGAUGUUGCAUCGUAAUGUUAAUAUAUGGCUCUUAUUGCACUGGUUUUAUCUGACUUGUCUCUUGCUGUUUUCAUGGUUAAUUAACUCCACCUCAGUGUUAAUUAACACCUUUGCACACUCUCAACAGAUGCAUGAUUUCGGCUGGAGCUGGAUCCAUGUCAGGAGAAGCUCCAGCCCUCUACCAAAUUUCACCCUUGCCUGAGGAAAACCUUCCCCACCCACAACCCUUCUGGGAAGAGCUGCCAAUCAGAGCUCUCUUCCCCCUCCCUUCAGGGGCAGACCCCUUUCUUACAGGUGGAAGGAACAGGUAGAACCAAGUAGGUCAGGUCAGCUCUGCUUCCUUUUACCUCCUCCCCUCCAGUGAACAAUGGGAUGACUCUUCUGCUCCUCCUCUAUCUCCCCUCCAUCCCUGCCACACCUGGCCUGGGAAGGAGAAGAGGGGACCCUGCAGCAGCCUUCUCUCAUGGGCCUGGGUGAGAGGUAUGAAGACUCUCAGGACUGUAAUUGUCACACAGGCAUGCUGGGGAUGGGCAGGGGAGUCUCAAAUUCCAAAAUACAGUCCUGUAUUUUGUUUCAGCUACACCAGACUAACACGGCUGCAUUUCUAUCAAAUUCCAAAGGCAGCCGAAACGCACACUGUAAUCUUAACUUUAAAAAAAAAAUCAUGAUUUGGGAGCAAUUACUUAUUUUUGGGGUCUCACAUGAUUUUGAUGCUUUGGCAUCCAUUCCAAGAGCUGUCAGCAGAGCUCAGAAGAGCUGCUUGUUUGAACUGCAAAACCACAGAAGGAAUUAAGUGCACAGCAAGAGAAAACAAAAUCACUUUUUACAGCCCAUUAUAGCCUGGGCUUCAAGCAUGUGUUCUGAGCAGUUCAAGAGCAGUUUUAGCUUUUCCUAAGCAACAAGUCUGUGUUUUUAAUCUACUCUAGUAUGUACACGGGUUUGAUAAAUGAUAACGUAUUUAUGGUUAGGAAUGGUGUCUGUUACUUUUUGUUUGCUGGGAUAUACACAAUACAUCAACUCUCUUGCAAGUA